AUGUCUGCUGCAGCUGAUUUGGAGAAUCAACAACCUAAAGAUCACCAUCUCUUGGUCGAUGAUCAACAUUCAAGAAGAUCAAAUACUCUAAAUGAGACUUUGGACCCUCAUCAUCCAGUAACGAAAGUUUUCACCAAUGGUGACUAUAUACAGUUUGGAAAUGAAAAGUAUUUGAAGAAGGAUUUGAUGCACGCUUUUGGUGGUACUUUGAACCCAGGUUUAUCUCCACCUCCAAAGAAUGACUUUGCCAACCCUGCUCCAUUGGGAUUGUCGGCAUUUGCAUUAACUACAUUUGUAUUAAGUUUAAUCAAUUGUGAAGCUAGAGGUGUCAAGAUUCCCAAUAUCGUUGUUGGAUUGGCAUUCUUUUAUGGUGGUGCAGCGCAAUUGGUUGCAGGGAUGUUUGAAAUUGCAGUUGGUAAUACCUUUGGUGGUGUUGCAUUAAGUUCAUAUGGUGGUUUUUGGGGUGCUUAUGCUGCCCUCCUAGUUCCUUCCUUUGGUAUUGGUGCUGCUUACGCUGAAGACACAAAACAGCUUUCCAACGCUAUAGGACUCUUUUUAGUUGCUUGGUUUAUCUUUACGUUUUUUAUGAUGUUGAUGACUUUGAAAUCUACAGUGGCUUUCUUCCUGGUGUUUUUCUUUUUAAUGAUUACAUUUUUGCUAUUGGCCAUUUCUGAGUUUACAGGGAAAACUUCAGUGAAGAAAGCCGGUGGGGUGUUUGGAUUGAUUACUGCUUUUGCAGCUUGGUACAAUGCAUAUGCUGGUAUAGCAAACCCCCAGAAUAGUUAUAUUACUGUCAAGGCUAUUGAAUUGCCUGAUUUGGAAGAAAAAUACAAGAAGCAAAAGUAA